CUCAACGCCGAUGGUUUAGACACUGAGCCACAGCUCGUUAAGCCGAAAGUGGCGUCUGAGUAAAUAAAAUAAAAAUAAAUAAAAAUAAACCAAAUAAAAACUUAACCAAAUAAAAUAAAAUAAAAAUAAAUACAACAUACAUUGUACAUGGUACAUGAAUCCCAUUUUGUUUACCAUCCCCAAAAGCGAUCCCAAAAGCGAUCCAACUGCAAUUGCAGCCGUGUAAAUGUAAAUGAUUGCGAGCAAACAGAAACAAAAACAAAAUAAACGGCAAAACGGCGAUUAGAAAACAAACAAACAACAAAAAAAAAAAACAAACAGGAGGAGCGAAUAAGUGAGAAAUCAGAUUCUUUUUAGCAGGAUGUCACCCAAGGACGGCAGCCUGGGCGAUGCCAAAUUCGCCAAAUACACGGUGAAUCACGAGUCACCGCCACCUAAUCCCAAUCCCACCCCUCCUCCAACGACCACGACGACACUUUCCCCCAGUGUGGAUAAAUCGAAGGAUAAGGAAAAGGAUAAUGUCACAACGACCCCGCCCGUGAAGCGAUCGUGGCGGGAGAAGAUCCGUCUGGUGGCCAACAACGUCACCGUGGAACCGAUCCUGGCCGCCUACAUUAUGCCCAGCGUGCUCUCCAAUCUGGCCACCCAGAACCUCAACCUGGAGAAGGCCUGUCGGGUGAACAUGGCCUACGGAGACGAGGUGUGUGAUGCACUCACCCGCCGCCAAACAGCCAACUACACACUUGAGGAGGAGACCGUGCAGCAGAUGGUGGCGAGGAUGGCCGCCUGGAAGACGGUGAUCCAGUCGCUGUUCCCCUGCCUGCUGAUCCUGUUCUGGGGCUCGUGGAGCGACCGCCACCGCCGGCGGAAGCCCUGCAUCCUCAUCCCGGUGGUGGGCGAGUUCUUGGGGGUGGUGGGCCUCAUGCUGUGCGUCUACUUCGAGAAGGCGCCCAUGGAGGCCGCCGCCCUCACGGAGGCCAUCUUCCCCUCGCUCAGCGGCGGCUGGUUCACCAUGCUGAUGGGUGUCUUCAGCUACAUAGCGGACAUCACCACCGAGGAGGAUCGCACGCUAAGGAUCGGCAUCCUCAACGUUUGCUUCUCGGUGGGCGUGCCCAUCGGCAUGGCCUUCAGCGGAGUCCUGCUCAAGCAAAUUGGCUUCUAUGGCGUGUUCUCGAUCUCGGCCGCCUUCUACGUGAUCGCCUUCGUCUACGGGUUCUUCUUCCUGGAGGAGCCGGUGGCGCGGCCGGAGAAGAGUGCCGGCGAGCAGAAGAGCCUGCUGGCCGACUUCUUCGACAAGGAGCACGUGGUCCAGACCUUCCGGGUGGCCUUCAAGCGGGGCGAGAACCAGCGCCGCAAGCGAGUGAUCCUGCUGAUGAUCGUGGUGAUGGUGAUCAUUGGUCCGCUGCAUGGCGAGAUGGCUGUGACUUACCUGUUCACCCGCUUCCGCUUCAACUGGUCGGAGGUGGAGUUCAGCUUCUUCUCCACCUACGCCAUGUUCACCGGCCUCAUCGGUGUGAUCUUCUGCGUGGGCGUGCUCUCCCACAAGCUGAACAUCGAUGAUGCUUUGGUGGGUGUGCUGUCCAGUACCUCGAAGAUCCUUUCGUCCUUCGUCUAUGCCUUUGCCACGCUGCCUUGGCACAUGUACUUGGGUGGCCUGGUGGAGAUCUUCAAUGGCACUGCCUUCAUAGCGAUGCGAUCGAUAGCCACCAAGCUGGUGUCCAAGGACGAACUGGGCAAGGUGAACUCGCUGUUUGGGGUGGCGGAGGCCCUGAUGCCCAUGGUCUUCGCCCCCAUGUACACCACCCUGUAUGCGGCCACCCUGCGCGUCCUGCCGGGAGCCUUCUUCCUCCUGGGCGGCGGACUGACCCUGUUCUCUGUGUUCAUAUUCCUAUGGAUGUACCGCUUCCAGGUGCGCCAGCGGCGGAAACUGGCCUCGCCGGAUGCGGAAAGUGCCGCCAGGAUGUCCGUCAAGGAUCCGAAUGGCAAUAUCAACGCCAUCGAAGCCUUGGCUCUGGCCAGUGAGGCCAAGGGCCAGAUGAACGGCAUAGUGGCCAAUGUGAUACACGAAUCCUUGGAGCACAGCGAACCGUCCACCCAGCCACCAUCCACUAAUAACACCAAUAUCACCAGCGAAUCCAGGGGCAUCGAGAAUCCAGGGUUUGUUCAGGAGGAGGUCAAGGUCAAGGAUUGUUAGGCGAGAUGAGAACGGGAUCGAUAGCGAUCAUAUCCCAUCCUCAUGUAUGUACAUACUCACAUUCCGCUAAGGGAAUCGGGAUCAGGUGAGCAAGUAACCGGAAAGUGAUUCGAAAAAUAAAGAAUUUCCAGUGUUGAUAAAUCGGAUAAAGAAGUGAGAUGAUAAUCGAAAUUUCGAUAUAUCGAUUGAAAUUCUCCAGUGAAUUGAACUUGCCGCGAAUUAUUCUUGAGCCUGCACAUAGUCCCAAUCCCAAAUCCUAAACCUAAAUAAUGUGUACAAUUACAAAAAUUAUUUUUUUUUUAUUUAGCCAUAAGCUUCUAAAUGUAUUUCCGUUUUCGUUGUAAUUAUAUCGUAUGCUACUCCGAUUUGUUAUUUUUAUAAUUUCUUUUUUUGCCUAGCUGUAAGGAGCGUUAAGAAGAAUUUAAUAAAUGUAUCAUUGUCCGAA